AUGACUCCCACCAGCUUCUAUCACCACCAAACUCAGGACUGCACAGAGCCCCCCCCACGGCCCCCCCAGCAGAGCCCCCCCCACAGAGCCCCCCAGCAGAGCGCCCCCCACGGAGCCCCCCAGCAGAGCGCCCCCCCCCCACGGAGCCCCCCAGCGGAGGCCCCCAGCACGGAGCCCCCCAGCAGAGACCCCCAGCACGGAGCCCCUCAGCAGAGACCCCCAGCAGAGACCCCCAGCAGGGAGCCCCCCCAGCCCCCCAGCACAGAGGCCCCCUCCCACACGGAGCCCCCCAGCAGAGCGCCCCCCCACGGAGCCCCCCAGCAGAGCGCCCCCCCACGGAACCCCCCAGCGGAGACCCCCAGCACGGAGCCCCUCAGCAGAGACCCCCAGCAGAGCCCCCCAGCACGGAGCCCCCAGCAGAGACCCCCAGCACGGAGCCCCCCGGAGCCCCCCAGCACAGAGGCCCCCUCCCACACGGAGCCCCCCAGCACGGAGCCCCCAGCAGAGCCCCCCAGCACAGAGGCCCCCUCCCACACGGAGCCCCCCAGCACGGAGCCCCCCAGCAGAGACCCCCCUGCACGGAGCCCCCCAGCAGAGCCCCCCCCACGGAGCCCCCCAGCAGAGCGCCCCCCCACGGAGCCCCCCAGCAGGCUGGGCAUCCAGGAGUGA